CAGUACAAACACUUACGGCGGGCUUAACACCAUGCGGACAGUAAUGUUCACGACAGAGAAUGGUGACAGGCCGUCCGUUCCCAAUAUUGCCAUUCUGCUCACCGACGGCGUAUCGAACGUCAAUGCUUACGACACUAUUCCAGAAGCAAAGAAAGUGAGAGAGGAUGGCAUCCACAUAUAUGCUAUUGGUAUUGGUCUCAGUGACACUACAGAAUUGAGCCAGAUUUCCUCAUUACCUGUUGACGAAAACAUGUUUAUUGUGACUGACUUCAACGAACUGUCGAAUCUGAAAGAAAGAAUAUUUGAGCAAUAUUGCCCAGGAGGGCAACCAGAACCUACUAGACAGCCACCUAUAAUUGAGAUGACGACAAAGAGAGUUGUGGAGAAAACUCCAGCACCUGCCAUUACAUUACCAACAAAGGUUGUGGAGAAAACUCCGGCACCUGCCAUUACAUUACCAACAAAGGGUGAUUGUGGUGCUACAGAAUCUGACAUCAUCUUCAUUUUGGACUCAUCAACUAGUGUCCAAGAAGAAAACUUCAAGAAAAUGCUAAAUUUCAUUGUUGAUUUUGUGUCUGCUGCUUCCAUUGACAAUGGCAAUGUUCGAAUCGGUGCAGUCCUUUACAGUUCAGACGUGAAAAUCCAAUUCCAUUUGAAUGCUUUCCAAACAAAGCAAGAAGUAAUCGAUGCAGUCCUCCAAAUUCCAUAUGUUUACGGCAGUACAAACACUUACGGCGGGCUUAACACCAUGCGGACAGUAAUGUUCACGACAGAGAAUGGUGACAGGCCGUCCGUUCCCAAUAUUGCCAUUCUGCUCACCGACGGCGUAUCGAACGUCAAUGCUUACGACACUAUUCCAGAAGCAAAGAAAGUGAGAGAGGAUGGCAUCCACAUAUAUGCUAUUGGUAUUGGUCUCAGUGACACUACAGAAUUGAGCCAGAUUUCCUCAUUACCUGUUGACGAAAACAUGUUUAUUGUGACUGACUUCAACGAACUGUCGAAUCUGAAAGAAAAAAUAUUUGAGCAAUAUUGCCCAGGAGGGCAACCAGAACCUACUAGACAGCCACCUAUAAUUGAGAUGACGACAAAGAGAGUUGUGGAGAAAACUCCAGCACCUGCCAUUACAUUACCAACAAAGGGUGAUUGUGGUGCUACAGAAUCUGACAUCAUCUUCAUUUUGGACUCAUCAACUAGUGUCCAAGAAGAAAACUUCAAGAAAAUGCUAAAUUUCAUUGUUGAUUUUGUGUCUGCUGCUUCCAUUGACAAUGGCAAUGUUCGAAUCGGUGCAGUCCUUUACAGUUCAGACGUGAAAAUCCAAUUCCAUUUGAAUGCUUUCCAAACAAAGCAAGAAGUAAUCGAUGCAGUCCUCCAAAUUCCAUAUGUUUACGGCAGUACAAACACUUACGGCGGGCUUAACACCAUGCGGACAGUAAUGUUCACGACAGAGAAUGGUGACAGGCCGUCCGUUCCCAAUAUUGCCAUUCUGCUCACCGACGGCGUAUCGAACGUCAAUGCUUACGACACUAUUCCAGAAGCAAAGAAAGUGAGAGAGGAUGGCAUCCACAUAUAUGCUAUUGGUAUUGGUCUCAGUGACACUACAGAAUUGAGCCAGAUUUCCUCAUUACCUGUUGACGAAAACAUGUUUAUUGUGACUGACUUCAACGAACUGUCGAAUCUGAAAGAAAAAAUAUUUGAGCAAUAUUGCCCAGGAGGGCAACCAGAACCUACUAGACAGCCACCUAUAAUUGAGAUGACGACAAAGAGAGGUGAUUGUGGUGCUACAGAAUCUGACAUCAUCUUCAUUUUGGACUCAUCAACUAGUGUCCAAGAAGAAAACUUCAAGAAAAUGCUAAAUUUCAUUGUUGAUUUUGUGUCUGCUGCUUCCAUUGACAAUGGCAAUGUUCGAAUCGGUGCAGUCCUUUACAGUUCAGACGUGAAAAUCCAAUUCCAUUUGAAUGCUUUCCAAACAAAGCAAGAAGUAAUCGAUGCAGUCCUCCAAAUUCCAUAUGUUUACGGCAGUACAAACACUUACGGCGGGCUUAACACCAUGCGGACAGUAAUGUUCACGACAGAGAAUGGUGACAGGCCGUCCGUUCCCAAUAUUGCCAUUCUGCUCACCGACGGCGUAUCGAACGUCAAUGCUUACGACACUAUUCCAGAAGCAAAGAAAGUGAGAGAGGAUGGCAUCCACAUAUAUGCUAUUGGUAUUGGUCUCAGUGACACUACAGAAUUGAGCCAGAUUUCCUCAUUACCUGUUGACGAAAACAUGUUUAUUGUGACUGACUUCAACGAACUGUCGAAUCUGAAAGAAAGAAUAUUUGAGCAAUAUUGCCCAGGAGGGCAACCAGAACCUACUAGACAGCCACCUAUAAUUGAGAUGACGACAAAGAGAGGUGAUUGUGGUGCUACAGAAUCUGACAUCAUCUUCAUUUUGGACUCAUCAACUAGUGUCCAAGAAGAAAACUUCAAGAAAAUGCUAAAUUUCAUUGUUGAUUUUGUGUCUGCUGCUUCCAUUGACAAUGGCAAUGUUCGAAUCGGUGCAGUCCUUUACAGUUCAGACGUGAAAAUCCAAUUCCAUUUGAAUGCUUUCCAAACAAAGCAAGAAGUAAUCGAUGCAGUCCUCCAAAUUCCAUAUGUUUACGGCAGUACAAACACUUACGGCGGGCUUAACACCAUGCGGACAGUAAUGUUCACGACAGAGAAUGGUGACAGGCCGUCCGUUCCCAAUAUUGCCAUUCUGCUCACCGACGGCGUAUCGAACGUCAAUGCUUACGACACUAUUCCAGAAGCAAAGAAAGUGAGAGAGGAUGGCAUCCACAUAUAUGCUAUUGGUAUUGGUCUCAGUGACACUACAGAAUUGAGCCAGAUUUCCUCAUUACCUGUUGACGAAAACAUGUUUAUUGUGACUGAUUUCAACGAACUGUCGAAUCUGAAAGAAAGAAUAUUUGAGCAAUAUUGCCCAGGAGGGCAACCAGAACCUACUAGACAGCCACCUAUAAUUGAGAUGACGACAAAGAGAGGACGACCAAUACCUACAGCACCCCCUUCUAUUCCACCUACAGUGACAAUACCUCCUACUCGUAAACCAACAACACCUGCUUUACCUCCACCUAUUAUAAUAUCCCCUCCUCCACCUCCUCCCUUUUUCCCAACCGUUAUUGUUUCAACAGAAACUACUGCUCCUCCUACAACACCUCCAAAAGUAAUUUCAACUGGGCCACCAGCACCACGCGUGGAAGUAUCAACUGCUCCUGUAGUUCCAGUUAAAUUUGUAGAAUUAUCAGCUGCUGCAUUUCCCCCUGUUAUACCCUUGGAAAUUAAAACUGCUCCUGCAGCUCCCGUUAAAAUUUUGGAAUUAUCAACUGAUGCACUUCCCCUUGUUAUACCUGUGGAAAUUAAAACUGCUCCUCCAGCUCCAGUUAAACCUAUGGAAUUAACAACUGCUGCACCUCCCCCUGUUAUACCUGUGGAAAAAACUACUGCUGCACCUCCCCCUGUUACACUGAUGGCAAAAACUACUGCUCCUGCAGCACCAGUUAAACCUGUGGAAUUAACAACUGCUGCACCUCCCCCUGUUAUACCCGUGGAAAAAACUACUGCUGCUCCAGCUCCAGAUAAACUUGCGGAAUUAACAACUGCUGCACCUCCACCUGUUAUACCUGUGGAAAAAACAACUGCUCUUCCAGCUCCAGUUAAACCUGUGGAAUUAACAACUGCUGCACCUCCCCCUGUUAUACCUGUGGAAAAAACAACUGCUCCUGCAGCACCAAUUAAACCUGUGGAAUUAACAACUGCAGCUGUACCUCCCCCUGUUAUACCCGAGGAAAAAACUACUGCUCCUGCAGCUCCAGUUAAACCUGUGGAAUUAACAACUGCUGUACCUCCCCCUGUUAUACCUGUGGAAAAAACUACUGCUCCUCCAGCUCCAGUUAAACCCAUGGAAUUAACAACUGCUGCACCUCCCCCUGUUAUACCUGUGGAAAAAACAACUGCUCCUCCAGCCCCAGUUAAACCUGUGGAAUUAGCAACUGCUGCACCUUCCCCUGUCAUACCCGUGGAAAUUAAAACUGCUCCCCCUGUCAUACCCGUGGAAAUUGCAACUGUUGCACUUCCUAUAGAGCCUGUGGAAAUUUUGUCUGUUCGCACACCACCAGAACCAACACAUACAGCCCCAAAAUAUGCUUUUGAAAAGUUUGGAGACUGUAGCGAUGCCCAACUUGACCUUGUCUUUGUUUUGGAUUCGUCAACCAGUGUUGGAAGAUCAAAUUACAGAAUUUUACUUUCAUUUGUGAAAUCCUUUCUGUCUGAUGUUCCUAUUAACAAUGAAGGGAUACAAGUUGGUAUCCUCUCUUUUAGCAAUGAUGUCCGAAUUCAUUUUCAUUUAAACGAUUACAACAACAAAGAAGAAUUGCUAGCUGCCGUUGACAGCAUACCUUAUAGGCAUGGUAGUGCUAACCUGGCAGAAGCUAUACGUAUUAUGCAUGAAGAUAUGUUUCAUGGCCAAAAUGGGGAUAGAGAAAAUGCUGCUAAUAUUGCUGUUAUCUUCACUGAUGGUUUAUCAAACCUGAAUUCCUACAGAUUACCAAGUGCUGUCAGGAAUGCCAAAAAUAAGGAAAUAAAAAUGUAUGCAAUUGGAAUUGGCCUGACUGACACUCGCGAAUUGGAUUUAAUUGCUACUCAUCCAAUUCUCAAGAACAGAAUUACUGUACCAAAGUUUGGUCAACUCUUGGAUAUUAAACCUACAUUACUAAAAAACCUUUGUCCAGUGAUUAUUCCUGCAGCUGCACCUCAAGGUGUUCAGAAGACUAUACCUACUGACUUAAUUUUCCUGGUUGAUUCUUCAACAAGUGUCGGACAAAGGAAUUUCCAAAAAUUUAUUGACUACAUAAAAGAUUUUGUAUCAGAAGCUGACAUUGAUUAUGGCAGUGUUCGUAUUGGUUUGGCAUUAUACAGUACAAGAAUGUAUAUUCAGUUUUAUCUCAAUGACUUCCUUUCCAAGAGUGAAAUGCUAGAUGCAAUUGAUAACAUCCGUUAUAGAUAUGGCAGCACAAAUGCUGCUCAUAUGUUUCGCACUUUGCGCAAUAAAAUGUUUACACCUGAGAACGGAGAUAGACCUGAUGCACGAAAUAUUGCGGUCGUCAUUACGGAUGGUAUUUCUAAUAUUGAACACUAUCAGACAGUUCCUCAAGCUAGAUUGACUCAUGCAGCUAACAUUCAUGUUUAUGCCGUUGGCUUUAAACUACGUGACUCAAGAGAGUUGAUUCAAAUUUGUUCCCCUCCUGCCAAAGAAAAUGCUUUCACUGUGCAAAGUCUUGAUGAGAUAGAAUUUCUUAAGGAUAAAAUCCUUGAGAAAAUAGUUCCAGCUACAACUGAACCUCCAACCGAGCCUACUGUACCAACUACAACACCUACAACAACUGUUGCCACCACAAUUCCCACAACAACUGUUCCCACAACAAUACCUACAACAACUGCUGAAUAUAUAGCAGUUCCUUCUGACAUAGUUUUCAUGGUGGAUUCAUCUACAAGUGUGAGUAGACAAAACUUCAAGAAAGUUCUCGAUUUUAUCAAGCAUUUUUUGGCUGAUGCUGACAUUGAAAACGACGUUGUCCAUGUUGGAAUAGCAACAUACAGCACGAAUGUUUUUAUUCAAUUCAACCUCAAUGCUUAUACUACAAAAGAAGAUAUAUUCAAUGCAAUUGAUAAUAUUCCUUACCGUUAUGGCAGCACAAAUAUAGCUCAUGCAUUUCGUACAAUGCGAACAAGAAUGUUUACACCUGAGAAUGGAGACAGACCCGAAGCUCGAAACAUUGCAUUCCUCAUCACAGAUGGUGUUUCUAAUAUUGAACACUAUCAGACAAUUCCCCAGGCAAAAUUGGCCCAUGAUGCUAACAUCCAUGUUUAUGCUAUUGGUAUUGGCUUAUAUGACACAAAAGAACUUGAAGGACUUUCAUCAAAACCCUCUCAGGAAAAUACUUUCAUUUUACAAGAUUUUAAUGAAUUAGAUUUUCUUAAAAAUGACCUGUUUGAACAGAUAUAUCCAGAAAUUCCAACUACACCUCCAACAACUCCUGUUCCAACAACUGAACCUCCAACAACACCAGCUGAACCAGAAUUUGCUCCCUCUGACAUAAUAUUCUUGCUGGAUACAUCAACAAGUGUAAAUGAAGGAAAUUUCAAGAAAGUUCUAACAUUUGUGAAAGACUUUUUAGCUGAAGCACACUUUGGGCCUGAUGGCAUACGUAUUGGUAUAGUUACUUACAGUACAAGCAUUAAUGUGCAAUUUUACUUAAAUACAUAUGAAACAAAAGAGGAAAUCCUUGAAGCUAUUGAUAACAUACCAUACACAUACGGAAGCACAAACACUGCUGGUGGUUUAGAGACCAUAAGGAAAGUAAUGUUCCAGAAAGAACGUGGCGACAGAGAAGAUGCAAAGAAUAUAGCUAUAGUGGUUACAGAUGGAGUUUCCAAUGUUAAUGCUUAUCGUACAGUUGAUGAAGCAGCUCUAGUUAAAAAAGAAAAUAUUCACAUUUAUGCCAUUGGUGUGGGUCUGGUGGAACUUAGUGAGCUGCACCAAAUAGUAUCUGAACCCGCGGAAGAAAAUACAUUCCUUGCUCAAAACUUUGAUGAACUUCAAGGCUUAAAGGAGUUGGUGUUUACUGAAUUUCAGCCAGAACCUACAACAACACCAGUAAUUACAACAACGGAGUGCAGCGCUGCAUCAUAUGAUCUUGCCUUCCUUCUUGAUUCUUCAACGAGUGUAAGUGAAAGGAAUUUCAAGAGGGUUCUUACAUUUGUGAAGGAAUUCUUAUCUACAGCUGUUAUUGGACCUGAUGCAAUCCAUGUCUCAAUUGUGACCUUCAGUACCCAUGUGCGUAUUGAGUUCCUGCUGAACAGGUAUACAACUAAAGAAGAAAUAUUUGAAGCAAUUGACAGAAUACCUUAUAGAUAUGGCAGUACGAAUACAGCUGAUGGCUUGAAAACUAUCAGAAAUGAAAUAUUUAGAAUAGAGAGUGGUGACCGAGCUGAAGCUCAGAACAGACUAUUUGUUAUAACAGAUGGUGUUUCAAACAUUAAUUCUUUCCGCACAAUUGACGAAGCUGAACUGACCAAAAAUCAAGAUAUUCAUAUUUAUGCAAUUGGUAUUGGUUUGCCAGACUCUAAUGAACUUAUGAAGAUUGCAUCAGAACCUGCAGAAGAAAAUACAUUAAUAGUUAGAGAGUUCAAUGACCUCAAAGGCUUACAAGCAGAAAUGUUUAAAGAAAUUUGCCUUGGAAUGCCAACCCGAAAGCCCAGACCUACGGAACCCCCAACACGACCACCUGUGUCAGUUAGGGGACGUUGCAGAGCUGCCAAAGCUGAUAUUGUAUUUGUUCUGGAUUCUUCAACUAGUGUCAGCCAGAUAAACUUCAAAAAUAUGCAAAAAUUUAUGAAAGAAUUUUUGACAGAUGCCACCAUUAGCCUAGAAGCUGUGCGUGUUGGGGCUAUUGUGUAUAGUACUUCUGUUAACAUUCAGUUUCAUCUUAGUGAUUAUUCUAAUAAAGAAGAUGUUUUUAGAGCUAUUGAUACUAUCCAGUAUACCUAUGGUAGCACUAAUACGGCUGCUGCUCUAAAAGUAAUGAGAACUGAAAUGUUUGCAGCAGAGAAUGGUGACCGGGAAGAUGUGAAAAACAUAGCUGUCGUUGUAACUGAUGGGGUAUCUAACAUCAAUUCUUAUAAUACUGUCACUGAAGCAGAACUUGCCAAAAAUGAUGGCAUACAUAUUUAUGCUAUUGGUGUUGGUCUUAGUGACUCAAGAGAAUUAAAUCGUAUUGCUUCUCAUCCGGCGACUGAGAAUACAUUCGAAGUUCAAGACUUUGAUGAAUUACAUGGAGUAAGAACUAAAGUAUUCAAAGAAUUUUGCCCAGAAAGCUGUAUAUCGACUAGCACUGACAUCGUCUUCCUGAUGGAUACUUCAACGAGUGUUGAGCAACGGAAUUUUAAGAAAAUGGUUGCUUUUAUUAAAGACUUGUUAUCUAACGCUACUAUUGAUGCUGGAUUGAUUAGAGUAGGUGUAGCUACCUUUAGUACACAAUCUCAUAUUGAGUUUCAUUUAAAUGAAUAUUUCACAAAGAAUGAAAUAUUUAGAGCUUUGGAUAAGAUCAGGUAUAGAUAUGGAAACACUAAUACAGCUGGAGCUCUUCACACAAUGAGAGCAGGGAUGUUUACUCCUGAACAUGGUGACAGAGAAAGUGCCAUUGAUGUGGCAAUUUUGAUAACAGACGGAAUUUCUAAUAUGAACACUAACAGAAUCAGCAUUGAAGCAAAGGCUGCACAUAAAAGAGGCAUUCAAGUUUAUGCCAUUGGUAUUGGAUUGGCUGAGAUCUCAGAACUAAAACAGUUUGCAUCACAGCCUUCUGAGGAUUAUACAUUUAAUGUUCAAGAUUUUCAUGAGCUUCAAAAUUUAAAGGGCAAACUAUUUGAAUUCUGUGACCUUGGUGGCUGUAUGUCAUUAGAUUUUGACAUAGCUUUUCUUGUGGACACAUCAACAACAGUGAAGAAGAGAAACUUUAAAAGUAUCAUUAAUUUCAUAAAGAUGUCAGUGUCUGAUGCUAUAAUUGACCAGGGCCUAGCAAGGGUUGGUGUGGCCACUUUUAGUACAAACGUACAAAUUCAUUUUUAUCUAAAUACAUUCGAGACUGAAAAAUAUAUUUUUGAAGCAUUGGAUAACAUUACUUUUACAUAUGGUGACACAAACUAUGCUUCGGCAUUGUCCUCAGUAAGGAUGAAAAUAUUCAAGGAAGAAAAAGGUGACCGACCUCUGGCUAAAAACAUCCUUGUUUUGAUAACGGAUGGUGCAUCAAAUGUAUUCAGUUACCGAACAGUAGUUGAAGCUCAGCUUCUAAGAGAAACUGGAGUAGAAGUUUUUGUUAUUGCGAUUGGAUUAAAAGAAACCACUCAGUUAAAAUAUGUGGCAUCUUUUCCCACUGAUGAACACACAAUCUUUGUUCGAAACUUUGGAAAACUUGUUAAAAAUGUUGAAACUCUGAAAACCAAAAUUUUCGAUUAUUGUGGACCUGAUACAGAUGGAGGCAGAUGCGGGCCAGCAAGUUCUGAUAUCGUCUUCCUUAUUGAUUCUUCUGCAAGUGUAUCACAAGUAAACUUCAAGAAGAUGCUUAUGUUUGUAAAAGAUCUCAUAUCUGAUGCUGAUAUUGAUUCGGUUGUACGUGUUGGGUUAUUAACCUUUAAUGAACAAGUUACGAUACGUUUCUAUUUAAAUUCCUAUACAACAAAAGACAGUCUGGAAAAUGCUAUAUUAAAUAUUCCAUAUGAAGCCGGUACCACCAAUACUGCUGAUGCUUUAAGGGACAUGCGUACUAAAAUGUUUGUAAAAGAAAAUGGAGAUCGUGUGAAUGUACCAAAUAUUGCGGUCGUUCUCACAGAUGGUGUUUCAAGUGUAAAUAGUGAUAGGACUAUAAUAGAAGCUAAGACCGCUCAGCGUGAUGGAAUACAAGUUUAUGCAAUUGGUAUUGACUUGGUUGACACAAGAGAGCUUGAUGGAAUAGCUUCAACGCCUACUAAAAAGUAUCGGCAUACAGUUCAAGACUUUGAAGAGCUGAAGUAUUUAAAACAGAAAAUUUUCCAAAAGUUUUGCCCAGAAGGCAGGACAACAGCAGUCAUGCCAACUCCUAAACCACCUACAUCAGAAACUGGUCAGGAUAUUGUGUUGAUGUUGGAUUCCAGUGUAACAGAUGAAAAGUUUUUCUUGAUGCUUAUCUUUGCUCGUGCAUUUGUUGGGAUGGCUGAUUUUGACACAGGGAAAGUGAGAAUCGGUCUUAUGCUCUUUAACUCUGAAGCUAAAAUCGAAGCCCAUUUAAAUACAUUCCAUAGGAAAGCUGAUUUACUGCAGGUUAUUGAUAUGUUGCCACAAAGUAGCGGAAAAUCAAACAAAGCCAAGGCUUUCAAUGAAGUGAGGAAAAAUAUGUUUGUCACUGAAAAUGGAGACCGACCUAAAGCUGAAAAUAAGGUUAUUCUCAUCACUGGAUCAAAGACCGGUGAUAUAGCAAAAGCUAAGAAACGUGCUGAAGAAUUAGAAAAAGAAGCCAAAGCUGAGGUAUUUGUACUUGGAUUAGGUGAUGUAGAUCCAAAUGAGCUGUACAGUUUUGCAUCUGCACCAGAGAAUGAACAUGUGUAUCAAGUGAACUCUGCUGAAACUGUAAUGAAUAUUAUGGAUCCACUUUUAAAUAAAGUUAAGCAAGUAUAUGUACCACCUCCAACUACUCCAGCUCCUACAACUAGACGUACUCCACGAACUACUCUGUCAACAAGACGACGAGUUCCAGUGACUAUUCCACCAAGGCCUGAAACAACCCAAAGAAUUACAACCCGAAGGACUACAACCCGAAGGACUACGCCCCGAAGGACUACGCCCCGAAGGACUACGCCCCGAAGGACUACACCCCGAAGGACUACACCUCGAAGACCCGUAGUAACUACACCCAAAAGAAUAUACAGACCUUCAGAUUGUACCAGCAAAGCUGACAUUCUGUUUGUUGUUGAUUCUUCUGGAAGUGUUGGUGAAGAAAACUUUGCCAAAGUAAUAGACUUUGUAUAUUCUACCAUUGAGAGUCUUGAUAUAGAAUCAGGAUUAUAUAAUGUGGCUCUCGUCACAUUUAGUGAUGAAGCACGUACAGAAUUUUAUCUAAAUUCUUUUACCAGGAAAGAAGAUAUUGAAAAUGCCACUGCAGCUGUAAAAUAUGUCUACGGCUCAACUCAUACAGCAAUUGCUCUUCGAAUGGCACGCAGAAUGAUAUUCACUGAAGUCAAUGGAGACAGGCCUGAUGCACCCAACAUUGUAGUUAUUAUAACUGAUGGACAGUCAAAUAUUAAUCAGAGAGAGACUUUACCACAAGCUCGUCUUCUUAAACAGAGUGGUGUGAGUGUUAUAACUGUAGCUGUUGGAUUUGCAACACAAACAGAAGAAUUAAUUGGAAUGACAUCACCGCCAGUUGCAGAGAAUUUAUUUUCUGUUGAUGAUUUCAGUGAGCUUGAAAAUCUUCAUGCCAGGAUUGUAGAACCAAUUUGUAAAGGCCAACAUUUGUGUGCAAAUAACCCCUGCAAAAAUGGAGGAGAAUGCUAUGAUACACUUAAACAUUACAUUUGUAUCUGCGCUAAAGGUUUCUAUGGAACAGAAUGUGACAAAGUCUGUCCACAACCAGCUGAUGUAGCAUUUAUUCUAGAUUCUUCUACUAGUGUUGGAUGGAGAACCUUUCAGAGAAUGAAACGCUUUGCUGAAGGUAUGGUGAGAGAUCUAGCUAUAGGUUACUGUGGCCACCGCAUUGCUUUAGUAAAAUACAGUUCACGACCUUUAAUAGAAUUUCAUCUAGACCGCUUUAAUAGACAAGAAUCAGUUAUUCGAAGCAUUGAUGAUACUUCCUACACUCGAGGCCAUGCUGAUAUGGCAAAUGCCAUAAAGUUUGUGAGUCAAGAAAUAUUUAGUCCAAGACAUGGAGAUCGAGAUGGGGUCAAAAACAUCGCCUAUUUGCUGACCCAUGGUCAAAUAGAUAUGUCAAGAGAAGAUACUCUCAGACAAGCUGAAUUAGCCAUUUCUUCUGGUAUUCAUAUUAUACCCGUAGCAUUUAAUGUUCGGAGAAGCUAUGAACUUGACACCAUUGCAGCUGCACAAGGAAUAAAAACAACUGAAAUUUUUGGAGCUGAUGUAGAUGGAAUGACUGAUACCUUAUUGCAUCCUAUUUUUGAAACUCGAAGUCACUGUGAACCAAAUCCCUGCUUAAACGGGGGAAAAUGUGUCAACUAUCCAUUUACAUAUAAAUGCGAAUGUAAACGAGGUUUCACUGGUGAAAAUUGUGAAAAGCAAUGUAAUUCUAGAGCUGAUAUGAUUUUAGUUAUUGAUACUUCACGUUAUGUAACAAGGCCAGCUCUCCGAAGGGUCAAACGUAUGUUACGAAAAACAAUUAAAAGACUUUCAUUCAGUCAUCAAAAUAUACGAGUUGCAGUAAUAACCUAUGAUGCAGAGCCAAGACUCCGACUUACUCUUGAUAAAGGUAGACACAAACAGGAUGUGAUGGCAGUUCUAUCAAUGCUCAGACCUGGACGAACUGACCCUAACCCUGGUGCUGCGCUACGAAUGGCCAAUCAAGAUGUGUUACGGCAGAAAUUAGGAGACAGACUACAUGUUCCUAACUAUUUGGUACUUGUCACAAAAUCUGUAAGAGAUCUCGAUGAAAUGUUGCUCCAGUCCCGAAAUCUUAAAAUGAAAGGAACUAGAAUUAUGGCUCUUGGUCUUGUAAGCAGCACAUCUUUUGUAGCAUCUAGCUUAAAUGAUGUUGUAUCACUGCCAUUGGAUAAAAACAAAUUUGUUAUUACUAAUUCGACCAAAGAAGAACAUGUAGCAGAUGUUAUUCAGAAAUUAGCAGCAGCUGUAUGUUAUGAGGAAAUUUGCUCUGAAAAUCCCUGUUUGAAUGGUGGAACAUGUCAAAUAGAUAAAGGAAGUGCAGUUUGUGACUGUCCAAGAGGUUUUGCUGGAAGAUGGUGCCAAAGCACUUGUGCACAAAACGUUGAUGUUGUCUUCGUAUUGGACACAUCUGGAAAUAUAAGCCCUGGAGAGUUCAGGUUAAUGAAAGAGUUUGCAAUUGAGAUAGCUGAGAAACUGUCUAUUGGAACUCAUAAAUCAAGAGUUGCUGCUGUUACUUACAGUUCUAGAGCCCAUUUGGGAUUUACUUUGGAUAUGUUUUCAUCUGCACGUGAUGUAAGGAAUGCCCUUUCUUCCCUGCUUUAUGAAUAUGGAAAUUCAAAUGCUGUAGCAGCUCUAGAAUUGGUGCGGUCCAAAAUAUUCAACUAUAAAACCGGAGAUCGACCAGACGUCAAGAACUUUGUAAUCUUUUUAUCAAAUACUGAGUCUAAAAUUCACCCUGAACACACAGUAGCAUCAGCCAGAGCUUUAAGGAACAUCGCUCAUAUCUAUGCAAUUGGAAUUGCAAACUAUGACAUAAAAGAACUUUACGACAUAGCAAGUUUACCAUAUUUACUAAAUGUUUUCACAGCUGAAAACUAUGAAGGUCUUUUCAACUAUACAAAUGGACUUACGCAAUCUUUCUGUAAAGCAUCAACCUUCUGUGACAGUAACCCCUGUCAGAACGGUGGGGUCUGUGAACCUGCUUCCGCAACUUUCAGAUGCAAAUGUGCUGAUGGUUAUGCUGGUCGAUUCUGUGAAAGACGUUGUGAAAUAGUGAAGGACAUUGCUUUUGUCUUGGAUUCUUCAAGUAGUGUUGGGGAAAUUAAUUUUGAGCGUAUGCUUGAUUUCACAAGUAAAUUGGUGGAUGAUUUAGCUGAUAGAAACAUGAGAUAUGCUUUGAUUACUUACAGCAAUGUUGCUACUUUAGUAUUUACAUUCUCUCGUUACAAAGAUGCAGAAACAGUUGCUUCUAUUAUUAAGCGUACAGCCUACAAACCUGGAUCUACAAACACAGCUUCAGCCCUGGCCAAUGCUGCAGAUAUAUUUUCUAUUGAUUAUGGCUCCAGACCAUCAGCUGAAAAAGUUGUCAUUUUGAUUACAGAUGGUUUGUCUAAUGUUGAUUAUCAUCUAACUAUUCCAAAUGCUGAACGUCUGAAAGCACGUGUUAAUAAAGUUAUGGCUAUAGGGGUGGGUCUUGAUAAUACAGAGGAAAUUAGGCAAAUAGCUUCAGCUGAUAAAUUCAUGUACACCGUUCAAGAUUUCACAUUAUUAGAGGAUGUUGAAAAUGAUAUUGUAGGUGAUACAUGCCUCAUGCAAGAGAGAACAGAUACAAGCAGAGAUGAUAUAGAGAUGGAGAUAGAGACUGAUUCAGAAGAUGAUUUCGGCGAUGAUAUAGAGAGUGAAACAGAUAAUAAUUAUGAAAUAGUAACUAGACCACUUUCAGUUGCUUAAUUACAUGACUGGCUUCAUUUUAAAGCUGGAAUUAUAUGUCUGAGGGAAAAAUAUUUUUGAAAAUAUUUUCUUUUUGAUUUUGAAAGGAAAUAUUUAAAAAUAAUGUUCACUUGCCAAUAACUUCAGUCACUUUUUACUUCAUUUAAACUAAAUCUAAUGAUGAAGUAGAAUAAUGAAUUGUGACUUACAACAGUUAGUUUUGGGACUCUUUAAAAUAUUUUUUUUUCUAAAGUAUGGUUGCUAUUUUUAAUUCCUUUCCCUUCCACUAAUUCCUCUAAGUCAAACUUGAGCACCAAACUGACCACCAUCAGGAAGUCAUUGUAUAUAUGCCAUCAUUUUUGUAAAAGUGUUCAAUUUUUUUUGAAAAUGGAAAGUCAUAAUACAAAAGAAAGAGUGAUUUAGUUCAAAUAGAGACUUUCAAAUAAAUUUGUCCCUAAUACUUGUUUUUUUUUUAAAUAAAAACAAAAAAGAAAAUAAGUUGAAACAAA